AUGAUGCGGCAGGAAAAGGAUAAACAGUUAUGUUUGACUGCCGAUGAACUUCUUGCAAGUGAUGUCGUUGAUUGUAUUUCCUCCAUGAUGCGUUCCGCAACAAAACCGCAAGUGCGUGAAGCCCUACAAGGUGUUGAACACGAAAAAAAUGGUACAGCAUUGCACUUGGUGGUUUGUGAGUACACACCAACACAAAACCUGAAUAAUGAAGAAGCGGCGACUACGACGUGUGUUGUAGCGGCCGAAGAUCUUACAACUGUUUUCUUUCGUCUGAUGGCUACCGUGUCGCGUGGCGUUACCUCACCAAAAUAUAUGGGGACUGGGCCGAUGACUGAAGGUUCUAAAAAUGUGGAUGGUGGUUCGAGUAUGGAAACAGAAGGAGCGGCCGCACUCCCUAGGGUAACUCGCUGUGUAUUUAUUACCUCUGCCAGUGGUGGUAACAGCGCGGAAGAUAUACGGAACGCACCGUCUUCACCGCGCCCCGCCCCACUGACUCUGUCUCAGUUAAACGUCCAUGCGAUGGAAAUGGAUCAACCACUUGGUGAUCUGCAGUCACUGCUUCAGCGUGUGUAUGAACCCGUGCUACGCCAGAGGCGUGAAGAUGCGUUGCGUUACAACCUACAGGAAUUUGUGAAUUCUAUGCAGUGUCGUUACCAUUUCCUCACGCGGGUGAAUCUUAUGCAGUUUGUACAUCCCAAGUUGUUGACUGUAUGUAGCGUCAAUCCUACAGCAGACCUUCAUGAACUCGUCGGACUGCUCCACGAAGAAGGUGACGAUGUCGAUCUGGAUGACGUGUUUGCUAUUUGGAGCCCGUGUCGUAAUUUGUUGAAUGUAGCGUUCGAAGCCGAUACCGCUGACGAUGGAAAUGCCGCAAGGCCCCAAGUCAUAAAUCUUAGUGAGGUUGUGGGUGGGGCUCCCCAUCAUGGAAGUUGUAUCGGUGACAACACCAGCCGAAAUCAUGGCAACAAUAAUAAUGGGGGUGUUCUCGAGGAGGUUUCGUACUGGCAGGAAGUUCGUCAGUGGAUUAACCAUAUUCGGCGCCAGUUACGCAGUCGCGAGUGGCGCCUCGCGCAUUAUUUGCUCCGCCACCGUGUGCCGACGAGCUAUGAAAGAGAGUACGAACUCCAUAGCAAGCUUGCACAUUCGUAUGAACAACACGCAAAGGGAGUGCUGCAGUUGCUUCCACAUAUAAAUGAUGUUAACGAUAUCACAACUUUCUUAGUAAACGCCUUGCGAAUCAUCGAGGCGGCUGCACGACCCGGCGCCUAUCCGCGAAAGCGCUGCACACACUUCGUGAAUUGUGUUGUUCACAACAUCAUGGAACAAUUUGUAGCGCUAGCUGAUGGUUUGGACGUGUUACACAUUCAGCCAGCAGAGAAGCAGUUGCAGAAGAUUGGCGAAAUGAUGAAGGCCAUUGUGGAGUUGCAGCGUUGCCUUGUGGACGGUGUGUUGUCCGCACGCAUCGAUCAACGGGAUGUAGAGGGGACGACCGUCACUGAAACAAGAAACAGUAGUGUGGCAGGUCAGUGGUGCACGGAGGUGAAGAAUCUUUCGGGCUUCGGGCGGUGUUCGUUGCUCCUCGAACGAAUGAAGCAAUUGAAGGAUUUUUUGAAUGAGCACUUUCACUACUAUCGGACGCUGGCGCAAACCUUCGCAGAGGGAGGUGGGAGUGGAAGCACCACCACUUCUUUCUGUAGGCAUCUGGCGGAAGCCUACAGCCGCUUUACAGCGGACGUUGUUGAGCGCGGUUGUUUGUGGGAUGUUUCCCCUACUGGUGCGGGAAAAUACCAGCGGAUUCGUGAUUCAUACAGUAGCCGGGUUUCCCGUAUUGACGACCGACUUGCAUUGCAUGUAGGAAUAUCGCUUUCAAACGAGCAAGAAAGAGACACUUACAACGUCACCACUUCCACUGUGAAGGCAAACACGAGUACGGAGGCGAAAACCUCAGACCCAAGAAGACCAGCAAGGGGACGAGUCGACGCGCCCACAGCAGGGGGCUCCCCGCUGUAUCGCGCCUACUCAUGCUUCUGCGUUUUCAGGCGUGAGAAGGUAUUGGCUGUCUUGGCGAGUUUUCGCACAGCUCUUCGUGAGCAGAUUGACCGAGAGAUUAACGACAUUUGCGAGGAGUACUUUGGCAAAGAGAGUUGUCCCCACAUCGUCCGUGCAACCGUAGCUCGACUUGGCGUAACGGAGGACGUUGGGCGUAUGUUGUGGGAAAGAUCUCUUCAACGACAGUUGGAAACUCACAUGGAGCGCCGUGAGGAGAUUUCGGAGCAUGGCUGGCGUCAGCUACUGCUUCUCCGCACUCUUGAGCAUCGCUGGUGCCUUAACGAGUCAUUAGCACGUUUUUUUGGGGCCCGAUUGCAAGACCUUGUUGUAGAAGGUUUUGCUGCAGGGUCAGAGGUGCACGGUACGGCAUAUGCACUUGCUUUCCUUAGUUUGGUGCACUCAAAGAAUGAACUAAGGUGGUCGCGUGAUCCUCAUAUUCAGAGCGCGCGGCAAUAUCUGGAUGAAAAUAGCCCACAAUCUUUGGAGAAGGCCAGACUGCGCUUGGUUCUCCUUCGCAAGGGUUCUUCGUGGGGUAGCAAACAAUCGGAGCCGUGGGACGUGCUUAACUUCCGCGAUAGUAUCGCGCAAAAGUUGAACGAACAUGUCGAACGGUGGUGUAAUAUCGUGCAGAGUAAGUUUUUGCAUGUGGACAUGGUGGAGGAAACAAUGGCAAUGAAGGGACCUUUCUUAAGGUUAUCAUAUGUAGAAAGAGGCGUUGGUACGGCCGGUGGUAACAGUGAUAAAAAUAAUAAUUUCCAUAGAAAUAACGAAGGUAAUAUUGAUGGUGUUUCCCGGGGAGAACAAGUGCUUGUGCCGAAUAUCCCACAGGAAAUGUAUGCCUUUCUGCGUGACUUUUAUACAUUGGAAAGCGUACAGUUGCAGGAGAAGCACAAACAACUGUUCGGCAAUAUCCGCUGCUUCUUUCUGAAAAAUGAAGCGCGUUUCCGCAUAGCCAACUCCUUCAGGGAUCUAACUCGCGUUUUUGAAGAGGCAGUUGGAGAUGAGGAGGAACUCAUGGCACAUCUCAUAACAGACGAGUACGCGCAGGUGUAUGGGUGUCUUGUUGACGGUGCCAAACUCACGUGGUUGGAAGAAGAUAAAUUGCUGGAGUUUAUACAGCGUCUCUCGUGCCGCGUUUAUAAUUUUUGCUCGGCCGCGUCGAGUGUGCGAACGGCAGUGGAUGAUGUAGAGCGCAUACUGCAGCAAUUGCAUAGCCAAACAUUCGCUGCGCAAAGCAUCGUGGAGAAGGUAGAAAAGUUGUGCGGAAUCGUGAAGCAGUUAGGUUCCGAAGGCAGCAGCAGAGAAUGGUACGUGCAACGCAUUCAACCACGCCUGGAUGCUGCACUGUUGCUGCAACUGCAGGCCCAUCUACACCGAUGGACUGUGGAAUUUCUGUCAAUGGGGCGUGACCCACGCUUCCUUGACCCCGCUUCCUGUACCGAAGAGUAUAAGUUGCGGCCGUUGCGUAUUCGCAUGCGCGUACUAUUUAAGGGAAUUACGCUCGCCACACCAGAAGCCGCUUGCCGGUAUCAUUGGUUGAAUAUCCUCAACAAUUCCUUCGCGUGGCUUCAUGCGAUUCCAGCUCUUCACAGCAGCUUCCGCAGAUCCAACCACCAGCACCCCACCGCAACGCCUUUAUUUGGUGGCGGCUCCGUCGUGGAGGUGACAGCGGAAACAGUUUAUGGGAGGUUGGUGGAUUGUCUGAGUUCUGAGGUGCUCGCAGAGCCCAUGACCGCUAUUGACAAAAGCAUCCAAGAGGCCUUUGAUGUGGAAAAACAGUGGAGGCGGGGUCAACAACUGUUGAACCUGGAGGUUGGAGUUCUUCAGCAAAAGCUCGGUGACGAUUUAGUGAAGUGGGAAGAAGCGCUGCGCCAUAUUCGUGAGUUUGCAGAUACAUUGAUGAACCAUACACAACCCAGUACACUUCUUGGUGGCAUUCUCAUCGUCGCCAGUGACGCACAGAAAGAGCUCGGCCGAAAAUUAGACAACAUGACGCAAUAUAUUAAUUCGCGCUACCGAGAGGUGGUGAGUAAGCAUCUAGAGUUGUGCCAUCGUCGUAUCACCGAAGAACGAACGGAUGUUGAGAAAUGUGACGUUAUCAACAGUAUCGAUGACGCCUGCAUGUUUAUCUGUGAGCUUCCCACAAUUUACACCAAAUUAGAGGAAACAGGCAGGAGAAUCGCUCCACUUGUUGCCGCCGAGGAGUAUUUGAAGAACCAGGGCCUCUCACUACCUGACUCCGGUGUUUGUGUGAAAAAAGUGAAAGAGGAGCAUCAAGCCUACAAGGAUCUUAUAGCACGGAAAGUGAAGGCGGUUGAACUGCGUCGACCAUUCCUACGUGAAAACGCCAAACAAAAGGGGAAGGGUCUUCAGGACGAUGUGGCCGAAUUGGAAAAAUCACUGGCAGAACUUGACAAGCAAAUUCAACUGAGAGAGCGGCAAGAUAAACAGCAUCUGGAAGAGCUAGCGGAUUCUAUGCAAGAACGCUUCUACGACAUACAAAAGCAAAUUUUGGUGCUAGAAAAACAACAUGAUAGGUUGACACUGCUGUGCAAAGUGUUGGGGAUACAACCCGUAGAUGAAGUAAGGUUGCAGAGUGUUGCUUCGCGCACGGAAAAUCUCAGGUGGGUAUUCGGCCACUUACUAGAGGUGUGCAGAAAACUAAAUAGGCUGAGUCAGACUCCCUUUUCUGAGGUGGAUCCGCAGCGGUUACAUGAGGAUAUCAUAUCGCUGCAGGCUGAGGUGCAGGAAUUUCCUCCCGGCGUUCGUGGCCACCCAGCUCAUAACGAACUUGUCCAGCUUAUUGAAGAGCGCCUGGCGGCUCGCUGGAUUAUCCACGAGUUAAGCUCAAGGGCGAUGAUGCCCGUUGUGCGGGCGGAGCGUCACUGGUCUCUACUUCGAUCGAAGCUUGGUACGCAGUGGAAGUUGGAAGAACUCACUGUUGGGGAUAUUUGGCGUAGUGAUCCGAUGACGCGAGCAAAGAUUUACUACGAAGUGUUGGACGUGGCACGAGGUGAGCAUCGCUUAGAGACGAAACUGGAACAAAUAACAGCGUUCUGGAACAAUUUUGAGUUUAAUACAACAAUAUACAAAAAGAAACACGUACUGAUUCGUGGGUGGGACGCGGUGUUCGCUCAACUCUCCGAUGACAUCGACACUUUACAGGGCUUUCAUCUUAGUCCCUUUUAUAGCGCAUCUCACAUCGCCGCCAGUGUGACUGAAUGGGAGAGUCGCCUUAAUUUGCUUCUGAAAGUACUGGAGGUGCUUAUGGGCGUGCAGCGAAGGUGGGUACAUCUUGAUGGGUUAUUUAGCAGUAACGAAGAUAUCUAUCAGCAGCUAUCUAGUGAGGGAAUGCAAUUUGAUAGAGUAACUUGGGAGUUAUGGAAUCUGAUGCCGUAUAGAUCCUCACCCUUUGGUUCGACCGAGACGGCAGCUGAUUUGGAGAAUGUUGUGGUGAGGACGCAGGACUUUCUCGAGGAGAAGCGCCUUCUUUCAUCGUUGGAACGGGUAGAUGGGCAGUUAACGCGAGUACAACGGGCCCUAAACAGAUAUUUAGAUAGGCAGCGCCGCUUGUUUCCACGCUUCUUCUACGUCGGCGAUGACGAUCUGCUGGAAACGCUUGGCAACAGCAACAACGCCACGUUGAUUGCAAAGCAUCUCCCGAAGAUGUUCACCGCCCUCGCACGGCUUAUUGUAAAGGAUAUGGGUGCCAACGGUCAAGGUUCCGCCGGCUCAGCUGCUGCUGAUUUGCAUAUCGUUGGAUUUGCUUGUGAGGAGGGGGAAGAAGUUGCAACGAAUCGAUCCAUACGGUUGGAGGGCCGAGCACUCCACUUGACACUCAAUGAGGUGGAAAUUGUCAUGACUCAAACGUUGAGGCAGCUGACGGUAUCUGCUGCAGCUUCGUUAGCUGAUGCGGGAUGUGUAACAACCGAGUGGAUUGAGGCCUUCCCGCUACAAGUUGUGUGUUUGGCAUUUCAGGUUUGGUGGGCGCAGCUGCAAGAACAAGCCUUAGCCACAUGGAAGGCGCAGCAGAAGCGGGAACCUUCCCUUGCAGUGUCGCGGAUGGUUUCACUGCUGGACCAACUCGCACUGGAAGUGACCGCCGUGGGUGUUACGCCCUCGGUACGCCGUGCUAGCGAAGAACUUAUCACACUUGCUGUGUACCAGCGAGAUGUGUCCCGAUUGAUCGAGUUGAAGAACGUUACAGCCGCGGAAGAUUUUGAGUGGAUGCGCAUCCUUCGCUUGUACGUCGUUGCCCCCGACACCUAUUCGAAGAAAGGCGAUGCAGCAACUGAUGUCGGUCGUCCCAGAAAAAGCGGCGUGGUCUUGGCCAAUGAGGUCGAUUAUCCAGAGGUUCACUGCCGUAUGGCGGACGCCUCGUUGAUACACGGUUUUGAGUACAUCGGAUGGUAUCGGAGGUUGGUGCAGACUCCUCUGACAGAUCGGUGCUACCUGGCCAUGACGCAGGCGCUUCACACACGCCUUGGUGGCUCUCCCGUUGGGCCAGCUGGAACGGGAAAGACGGAGACAGUUAAGUCAUUGGGUGCUCAGCUUGGCCGUCAUGUGGUUGUAUUCAACUGCACGGACACGUUCGACUUCAGCGCCAUUGGCAGAAUCCUCAUGGGACUCUGCCAAGUCGGUGCAUGGGGUUGCUUCGAUGAGUUCAACCGUCUUGAAGAAUGUGUGCUUUCCGCAGUAGCACAGCAGAUACGGUCGAUACAAGAAGCCCUCCGAGGUGAUCUGCACAGUGUCAAUCUAUCGCGGCAGCAGGUACCGCUGAAAACGAAUGUAGCACUGUUCAUAACCAUGAACCCGGACUUUGCAGACCGCUCUCAGCUACCGGGAAAUCUCAAGCAACUAUUCCGAACUGUAACGAUGGUGGCGCCAGACCGUGAAGCAAUCGCUGAAGUAAUGUUGUUUGCUCAGGGAUUUCGAACAGCGGAGUCGUUGUCGCGGAAGGUUGUUCCGUUAUUUGACCUUUGCAGGGAGCAACUUUCACGGCAGUCACACUAUGACUUUGGUCUUCGAGCGUUGAAGUCGGUCCUGGUAAUUGCAGGCGAAGCGAAACACGCAGACUGUAAGAGGAACGCCGUGCACGUCCCGGAGACUGCCUCCUCCGCAACUGCGGUUGAAGACGACAGUAAUGUGAACAGCAGGGAAUGUGAAUUAAUGUUAGGUAGUCUCAUCAAUAACAUCGUCCCUCGCCUCAUAAGUGAGGACGUAAUCUUAUUUUACCCGUUGCUCCGCGAUUUCUUCCCCGGUCGACCUGUUCCUGAUGUAUUUGAAAGUUUGUUGCGUUCAACCAUUGAAGAGGUGUGCCAAGAUACCCACUACACACCCACCCCAGCCUGGGUGGAAAAAAUUUACCAGCUGUACCGCACGAGGAAAACGCGGCACGGUCUCAUGCUUGUCGGACCAAGUGGCACAGGUAAAACGUCCUGCUGGAAGACGUUACUCCGUGUAAUGGCCCGCCUGAGCACUCAGGAGGGUCACAACGACUUUGAUGAGGGUGACCUUGCCAGCCCCUCAAGGAGAAGUCGAGGGAGGCCCCUUGAAGCGCAUGCAUAUGUGAUUGAUCCCAAAGCCAUGACAAAAGCAGAGCUAUUUGGUGUGUUUGAGGCAACCACACGCGAAUGGAAGGACGGUAUCUUCACUGACAUUUUACGACGUAUUGUGAAUAAUUCACUUGAUACUAACAGUACACAGCAGCAACAUUGGAUUAUAUUUGACGGCGAUGUAGACCCGCUAUGGGUGGAGAAUCUCAACUCUCUUCUUGACGAUUCCAAGAUAUAUACGUUACCCAAUGGUGAGCGCUUGAGUCUUCCGCCGUCCGUUCGCAUUGUGUUUGAAGUGCAGGAUUUGAGGUAUGCAACGCCAGCGACCGUUUCGCGAUGUGGAAUGGUGUGGUUUAGUCAUGGUACGGUACCGGUGUCAUGCUUGCUGAAUCGUCAUCUCACUACCUUCCUUCGUGCCCCGAUGAUUGACAAACGGGGUGGAAAGCGCAUCGUUGAGGUGUGUGACGAUCACGAGGAAAUGCAAUCGCGGUUAUGUGGAGGACACUUCACUCUGCACCGUGCCGCAGCCUCUUCUGGAACAACGACGUUAGCAUCGACCCAAAGGGAGCUCACCACCUCCGAUGGAGAUGUACGCACUUCGAGAGAAAACAAUAAGGCGCACGACUCGUUGACAGAAGAUGCAUUGAACCGUUCUGCACGGAAUAGCGAAAACGUUCCCGAAUCCCCGCCCCCACGGACCCCACAUUCCUUCGUCAGUGCGGAGCGAGAUAUACUGGAGUUGCAGGUGUUUAUGGUAGGUGUGUGGACCACAGCGUUUGCGAAAGGGGGACUGCUGGAGCGUGCUUUCGAGAUUAUUCACACUGAACGUUACCGGGGGCAAGGUAUUAUGGAGCACAAUGACCUUCAAAUACUACGUAGCGUUCAAUCCCUACUGUUGGAUGGAAUAUGGAGUAUGUGGCAGGUGCGUGAGAAGUGGGGAGCGCUACCUACAGAGCGCGUCGUGAGGAGCUACGCGGAAAAGCUUCUUAACUACGCGGUAUUUUGGGGUUUUGGUGCAGCACUUAACAACGAAUUGCGAAGGCAGCUGCUGGAUGAUAUCGGUUUUCAGCUUUUAGGUCAACCCAGGGACCUCACCUUGAUGGAUGUCGAGCCGGAUCCCGUCCACGGCACGUGGCGCACUACUCGGGAGCGGGUGCAGCCCGUUGAUGUGGACCCAGAGGAUGUUGGCUUCAGUGAUGUGAUUAUUCCAACGGUGGAUGCAUGCCGCAACAGAACCUUGCUAGAGGCGUGGAUUACUGGGGGUGACGCGGUUAUUCUCUGCGGACCGCCGGGAUCAGGGAAAACGAUUCUGGUUACCUCAUUACUACGUGACUCAUUCACACACGAGUCGGUGUUUCUGAAUUUUUCCAGCGGUACACGGCCUGAAAACAUCAUACGCGCUCUGGAGCAGUAUUGCAGUGUCCACAACCAUGCUGUGCACGGGCCGAUAAUGACACCAACAAGUGGCAAAAGGUUGCUACUGUUCUGCGACGAGGUAAACCUACCCGCGCUAGAUCAAUACGGCACACAGCCUGUGGUGCAGUUCCUUCGACAGCUUGUUGAGCGCAAGGGAUACUAUCGCAGUCGUGACAAUGUAUGGGUAACAGUUGAAGGUGUCCAGGUUAUUGGUGCAUGUAACCCUCCGACGGACAAGGGUCGAGUUUCUUUGUCUCAUAGGUUUCUUCGCUGGGCGCCGGUGCUGUUUGUAGAUUUCCCAACUGAGGAAAGCCUACAUGUUAUCUACAGUUCGUACUGCCGGGCUAUGCUUUCUUUCAGUAGUCGUCUCCAGCGGUACCACCCCAAAUGUUUGGCAGCGGCCAUGGUUGAUGUUUACACCGCCUCACAAAGCCGCUUUAAUACGUGGCAGCAGCCACAUUAUGUUUACUCGCCCCGUGAGCUAACCCGAUGGAUACGUGCACUGCGAGGAGCCAUACUAAGCUGGAGUGACCAGCAGAGAUGUGAGCUCACAGUGGAAGAACUUGUGCAACUUGCCAUACAUGAGGGGCUGCGCAUCUUUCAAGAUCGACUUGUGCAAAAUGAAGAGCGAGAGUGGGCACACCGCAAGGUUGUGGAGUGCUUCGCAAGGCACUUUACAGAUGUCACCAGCAGUCCCGCCCAGCCGCCACUGUUGUUUUCUUCAAUUGUUAAUGGUGUCUACAUGAAACAAACAAAGAGUGAACUUGUUCAGUACGUUGAGGAGAAAGUGCGCACCUUUUGCGAAGGGGAAGGGGAUACCGAACUUGUCGUGUUAGACACCAUGGUUGACCAUGUGGUGCGUAUUGACCGUGUGCUUCGUCAACCGUCGGGUCAUAUGGUGCUUGUGGGGGCUUCUGGUGUGGGCAAAACAAUUAUUACACGCUUAGUUGCAUGGAUGAAUGGGAUGUCGGUGUUUCGCAUCGACGUGAACCGUGGUUACCAACUGGCGGACUACGAGCGUGACCUCCGCGAGGUACUCCGUCGCGCCGGUUGCGGACUGGAGCGUAUCUGCUUUAUAUUCGAUGAUAGCAACGCAAUGGAAACAGGCUUUCUCGAGUAUAUUAAUGCACUUCUGCCUUCCGGUGAGAUUCCUGGUUUGUUUGAUGGCGAUAAGUGGGCAAAACUCAUGGACGAUAUUCGUGCGAGUGUUGAGGAGCAACAGUCGCUCAAAGCUACUAGCGGGACCACCCAACACCUGCCCCGCGUUUUGCAGCACCACCAACACGAGCGAGAAGGAAACGAACUUCACAAUUCUGCGCGUACGUCACUCUUCGACAGGAGCUCAACUAUGAACCGAAGGGAUUUUGGCGCACCCAUGACCGGUGGAGGAUAUGACUUCGACCGUCAUCCACUCCUGUUAAAUGAAACAGCAGGUCCUAUGCUGACUAGCGACUACAUCGACAUUACAUCAGAGCAGGUGCUUUACCGCUGGUUUGUUAACAACGUUCGGCGGAAUUUACACGUUGUGUUCGUUACUGACCCGUCGACAAAAGAGUUUGCCGACCGUGUCGUGACAAGCCCUGCUCUCUUCAACCGGUGCACCAUUAACUGGUUGGGGGAGUGGGACCGGACGACUCGGGCGCAGUUGGCGCAGAAGCUCACACAAAACAUGGAUGUAAUGUUUUCUUGUCGUGAAUCAUUCUCAGGUUCAGAGGACACGUCACGGAAGGCGCUUACGGAAGCACUCAGUGCCAUUCAUGAGGCUACAGAGGAAGUGAACUCCACUGCUCGGCAACGGAACGCAAACUCAGGCACCUUCAUAACUCCACGUCACUUUAGCGACCUUCUACAGCAGCUGAAGUUACUCUACGAAGAAAAGAAAGGGCGUUCCAUGGAGCAACUUACCCACCUGCGAAGUGGUCUUGCCAAGUUGGCCACUACAUCAGAAGAGGUCGGGCAGCAGCAAACUCAGCUGCGUGAACACGAAGUUUUGUUAGAUGAAAGAAGUGCGAAGGCUCAAGCAAUGCUGGAGCGCAUCGUGAGCGAAACGGAAAGAACGAAACAAGAAAAGCAAGAGGCUGAGCAGCUGCGACAGCAACUGAAGGAAGAAGAGGACCUCAUCCUCGCCGACAGGGCGCGUGUGGAGCAGCAGCUAUCGGAGGCGGCACCUGCACUACGCGAAGCCGAGGAGGGAUUGAACAGCAUCAAACAAGAGUAUCUACGUGAAAUGCGUGCAUACACAACGCCACCAACCAUGGUUAAACGCGUGUUGGAGACGGUACUUGUUGUAAUGGGCGAAAGGCGCGCGGGUGAAUGGGACGUCAUAAAACACUACGUUCGUCGUGAUGAUUUCAUUGCCAGCGUGAAGGCGUUCCAGGCACGUGAUGUCACCGAAGAAGCCGUCCAAACCGUACGUGGAAUGCUGCAGGAAGAUGGCUUCACAUACGAGGCAGCGAUGCGAGCAUCAAAGGCCGCCGGACCGUUGCUCCAGUGGGUAACUGCACAAAUUAAUUACGCCAUCGUGUAUGCUGCCGUGCAACCGCUGCGGAGUCGCAUCGAUCAAAUUACUAUUACGCAAGGCGCGAAGCAAGCGCAGUUGGAGCGGACGGAAACGGAGAUUAGCACCCUUGAAAUGUCCUUGCAGCAACUCAAGGAGGAUUACCAGUCGAUGGCGGAGGAGAUCGCCACUUGCAAGAGCACGAUGGGUGUAAUCGCUUCACGCUGUGACCGAGCGACCAAGCUUUUGCAACAACUUUUGGAAGAGCGGGACCGCUGGGGUGCGGAGUCGCUUGGCUUCGACUCCGAAGUUAGUGUUCUCUUAGGCAAUUGCAUUCUUGCAGCCGCGUCUUUGACGUACUUUGGCUACUUUGACGAAUACACACGACAGUCACUGCUACUUCCUGUCUGGGUACAGCAGUUAAAGAAUUUUAAAAUUCGCUGUACGGAAGAGCAUUCCAGUGGCUUUGUGGAUUACCUUGUGACACCGAGUCAGAGACUUGAAUGGGAGCAGCAGGGUCUUCCAAAAGACAAUCUCUGUGCGGAAAACGCAAUGAUUCUUCACCGUAGUCGACGAUACCCCCUACUCAUUGACCCCAGCGGGGUUGCCACCGCAUUUCUGCAGAAGAAACACAAAGAUGGAACGAUGCGUACCACAAGUUUCACGAAGAGCGAUUAUCUCAAGCAAUUGGACAUGGCCAUCCGGUUCGGUUACGCACUUAUCAUAGAAGACGCGGAGUUCAUGGACCCCAUUAUUGGACCACUUCUAAAGAACGAGAUGCGACGUGUGGGAGGGCGCACGAUGACGCGACUUGGUGGCCGUGAGGUGGAAACUACUUCUUCCUUUAGUUUGAUUCUCAUCACGCGUGAUUCGCACUAUCAACCACCUCCCGGAAUAGCAGGAAGGGUCUGCCUUGUUAAUUUUGCCGUGACACUGUCUUCGCUUGAGUCACAGUGCCGUCAUCGGUUGCUGCUUCACGAACGGGCGGAUGUCGAUGAGCAGCGCGCCCGCGUCCUGAAGGUUCGGGAGGAGUAUUCUGUUCGUGUGCGGGUGUUAGAACAGGAACUGCUCAAGCUGAUUGCGGGAAGUGAAGGAAGUAUUCUUGAGAAUAAUACACUGACUGUUGCACUGGAGCGGCUGAAGGGGGAGACAAAGGCGUUGAAGGAGGGGAUUGUAGAGAGUGAUGAAUUGAUGCGAUCCAUUACCGCUGUUGAAGAACAUUACAAGCCACUUGCAACAGCAGUGUCAAAAGUUUACUUUGUUCUACGCUGCUUCUCCCAGUUGCAUGGAUUGUAUCAGUACAGUGUGAAGUUCAUCUUCCGCGUAUUGAAUGACGCCCUUGACCAGCUACCCCCGCCUAGCAAUUCCAACGGCGCGCAGCAGGAAGAAGCGCCCGCGGAAAAAAAAGAGGAGGAUGCAGCGCGACUGCAAGUACUCACGAGACAUGUGUUUUAUCUUCUAUAUCACCGCGCGCGGCGGGGCAUGUUCGCGCAGGAUCAUCUUGUUCUUGCCACCGCCCUGGGUAAGGCGCGUAGUGGCAUCGCCGAUCCCAUCGGGCAACAACUAACUAUUGAAGAGUGGAAUCUCUUCGAAAGUGCGUUAGGCGGGCCGGUGGCAAGCACAGGCGUGUCAAUACCAGCUGAAAGUAUAAAAGGUGCUGACAGGCUUGACCAACUCCCCAAGAUACUGUCUGGGUGCCGUGUGUGCUCGCCGUCUUCAGCCGCGGUUCUCGCGGAGCUGCUGAAGCUACCACUGUUUGAGCAAGUGCGGGUUUCACUGAAUAACCCGGAGCAUGGGGAGGCAUGGAGAGCAUACUUUGCAGCGGUGGAGCCCUACGCCGAGACGAUACCUCCCUUUUCCCGAAAAGUCAAGAAUUUCAGUGCCGAUGACGCCAAUUGCAGCAGUGUAGGUGGAAGCCAUGCUGUGGGGCCCACACGCCGUGCGUUUAUAACGGCUUUGCUACUUCUGCACACCCGCCGUGACGCUUUUGUGCCCGCUGCCUCAGAGUUCCUACGACUCUUUUUUGAUGGUGCAGACGUGGCAGUGGGAGACGGGCGUGGCAACUGUGGGGAAAGCGGUUAUCGUGCUAUCGCUGGCCAUGACGGUGCUAAAGGUGGCAUGGGCGACUUUGAUUCCUUCUUUUCGGCGGAAGUUCUUGAUCUUGUUGCAAUUCAGAAGGAGUUGACUAACACAACCCCACUCAUAUUAGUGGCGAAUGCGGGGAGUGACCCAACGGUGUCGCUGGAGGCAGUGGCGAGUGCAAUGAAUGUUCAACUACAUACUGCCGUUAUGGGCUCUGCAGACAGUACCGAAGCAGCUGAACGGUUCCUCACGACAGCAACGGUGGAUGGUGCAUGGGUACUACUAAAGAAUAUUCACAUUGACCGCGCCUUCGCCGACGUUGUUGUGAGGCACUUGCAUCGCGUUUUUGCCGGGGAUCAGGUACAUGAGGGCUUCCGCCUCAUUUUAUCCAUGGAGGCGAAGGCACAGCAUGUGGUUGGCAACCUUGGGGAGAGAGGUUGUGGUGGAGACGUAAUAAAUGCACGGUCCCCGCUCGACCUUCCUGUCAGUUUGGUGGAGUCAUCAAUCGUUGUGGUGUACGAACCACCUCCAGGUAUGAAGGCUUCUCUUCUUCAAACUAUUGGAUCUCUGAGGGCCCCAACCCAACAAGCUCCUUAUUCUGCCGACAUGGUGCGCAUUUAUCUUACUGCUGCUUGGUUUCACGCAGUGGUUAUGGAACGGCUCCUAUAUGUUCCACUGGGUUGGAGCACGCGCUAUGAAAUCAACGACACGGAAUUCUGGCACACAUUGCAAGCCGUCAACCGUUGGGUGAUGACGACGGAGAGCACCUCUGGAGGAAACACUGUUGGUGAUAUUGAGGGAAAUCAAGUCUGUAGCGCUAACCGCGAGCAUUUCCCAUGGUUAGCCCUUCAAACCAUAAUCGGCACGGCUCUCUACGGCGGUAAAUUGAGCAACGACUUUGACCAAUUUCUUCUAAAUUCGUUCUGCACGCAGCUGUUUAGCCCCAUUAUUUUUGAGGACGACAAGUUUUUCGCAUUGCUGGAGGGCCUAUGCGUAAAUCAGAAGCUUCGACUCCCUUCCAUGGACACAUUGAAUGACGUUUUGGCGUGGGUAAAGUCCCUGCCGGACCCGCAGCCGCUUCGUUGGGCACGGUUGCCGGCAAGCGCCUCGCGGUUAAUGUUAGAAAAGCAGGCGGUUGCUAUGUUGGAACGGCUUGCGAUUCUGCGAUUUGUUGGUGAGAAAGAACAUAGUGGCCGCAGCAUUGUUGACGGUUGCGCCGCCUACUCGGAGGAGUCAACCAUACCGCGCUGUCUAACCGAAAUGCAGUGGGCGCAGAAGGUUCGGCUGUUUUGUUCCUCAUGGCGCUCCUCGCUAGAACGACUUGUUCCCGCAGGACAGGUCGUGUCGGCACAAUCAGCAGAAACGCCGUCAGGGGGGAGGAGCAGCGGAGCAGAACGGUGUAAAGAGGAGCCUGUUUCGGUAAUGGUCGACAGGGAAUAUGCCUUUGCAAUGGAACGCCUUCAUGAGGUUCUUGAUGACCUACAGGUGGUAGAAAACAUUUGCUGCGGAACAGGUAAACCAACGGCAGAUCAGCGUGCUCUCAUCGACUGGCUGUUAAAGGACCAAAUCCCGCCGAUGUGGGCACGGUCCUAUUCUUCUCACACAGCAGUGGCAGAACAGUGGAUGAUAGAUUUUGCGCGUCGGGUUUCUCAUGCUUUAUAUCUACGCGGGGCCAUACAGAGGGAGUCGGGUGGCGCUGUAUGCCUCAACCUCGGUCUUCUUUUCUGGCCUGAGGCCUUCGUUACUACAACGAAGCAGCAGACAGCCCGCAGACAGAGUCAGCCAUUGGAGCAACUGCAAAUUCAACUUGACCUCAUGCCGGAGGAAGAUGUGCGAGCACGAGCUGCUAAAGUUGUAAAGGAGGAUGAUGUCUGGCAUAUUGUGGGUCUGACGCUAUUUUCAGCCUCCCUCAAGAAGUGUGACACGGCUAGUGGUGGUGCCGGCUAUACGUGUGUAUUACUGCCUGACUCAUCCACGGCACCUUCAACGCCUGUUGGGGCGGUGAUGAGGUGGAGGCCGGUUGUGUUGUCGAGAACCACCACCGCACCAGACGCUGGUUGCUGUAUGGCCCCUGCAGCAAAAUCAUCGGUUCUGACACGGCUAGCCUCGCGUGAUAAGAAUUCUAAUUGCCUCAUUGUACCACUAUACGCGAGCGAUCUACGCAGAGCACUGCUGCAAGUUGUGGAACUGAGGGUGGACAUUAAAAACACGCCAAUGCACGCAUGGUAUGAACGGGGGACAUGCCUUGUAGCCUGGUCGAUGGAAGCCUACUAG